AUGGAUUUUUGUUUCUUCCUUAUAGGAUUUCAAGAAUUUAAUAAACCAUUGAAAGAUGUUGGUAAUGUAGCAUGUUAUUGUGGUCAUUGUCAUAAUCAAAGUGCUCAUGCAAUUAGAACUAUAAAUGCUAUUACAAUUUUUUUCAUACCUUUAAUUCCAUUUUAUUAUUCAAAAAGAUUAAAAUGUGAUAUUUGUGGUACAUCUGGUGAUUUAGAUUCUCAAGCUAUUGAUAGAUUGAAAAAAGGUGAACCCGUUGCUAUUGGAUAG